GUUGACUUUUGUGCGCUCCAAGAAGAUAGUUGUCUUUCACCAUGUUGAAGCUGGUUUUCCUGCUGCUCGCUGCUCUGCUCGCUUUGGCUGUGGCUGUACCUGCACCAGGGCCGAAUCCUAAGCCUAGCCCACAAUUUGUUUAUUCAGCAGGCUAUCCAGCUGUCGCCUAUGCAUCCCCUUAUGUUUAUUAUGGCUAGCAUGCCCUUCUUCAAAAUGGACAUAAAAGACAAUAAAGAUUUUGCAAUUUAAA